AUGGGGUCUGGCUCAAGAUUUCACCUCCCAGCAUCGCUAAAGAGGACAAAGUCCACCGCAACUGAUCAAGUUUGGAAGAAAAAGACCGGUAAACGAGAAUAUAAGGCUCAAAACAUACUUGGUAUCUCGGAAGCCGCCUUGAAUACCGCUCGGAACGAAAGUGUCAGUUCUUCUAACACGGUCAAGGUACCAACUUUGUCAUUUUCGGAUGCCGCUACUGAAUUCGGCUCCUCGACCGCGGCUACUGAGAAGCCUGAUGGCACUCCCGAACUGAAGUUGAAGGCAUCCUCCGUAUUGUUGCAUGAAGAUUUCUGUAUCAGCUCCGGAAAAGCAGCUUCCGUACACUCGAAACGACCCAAACCGCAUCCCUCUUCUUCCACCUUGAACUCUCAUUAUGAGGCACAGAAAAUGCCGCUUGCUAUAUCACAACAGACCUCUGAGUCGUCGAGAAGAGACGGUGCUCUACGUAAAGGAUCGCCGAUUGUAAUGAAGUCAAACACACCGGAGAAAGAACCGUCGCGACAAUUGCGCUUAUUCCGAUCGACGAAACAUCAAGACAAGAGUGGAAGUAAAAAGUUCACCAAGCUGAAAUCAGAGUCGCCUGUUUCUCCUCCUCGAUCACUUCUGAGCAGCCAAAGAUCGGUCGCAUCAGCAGGCCAUCCAAGAGAACCGAUAUCGACACAAUCAUCGAAAGGCUCUGUUUCGCACAGGGGAAGCUACUAUCCCCACGAGCUUGGCCCUCGCCACACGCCAAACUUUUCCAUGAUCAAUGCGAAACGUCCAAAGCCAUACUUAACCCACUCCGAUGCAGCUGUGGAAAUAUCCCAGGUCAAAAUAAAUAUCAGGAGACCCAAAGUCGGCGCAAAGCAUUGGUUCGAUGGGUUGGAAGGUGAUAGCAGUGAGGAUGAAAGUGUUCACGAACCAGAAUUCCAGCCAAGUUUCGUGGAUGGUAUGGAGAGCGCAUUCGAGGACGGCAGGAUUGGUCUUGUUUCGAAGGAUCCCGCGAAAACGUCCACCUUCAUCUCAAAUGCGUCCGAUGGUCGUGCAAUCUUGGAGUCUGACCCUUCAACUUCUUCCUCUUCUCGCUAUAUGCUUCCCGACUCCGCCAUUCCCCCACGGACUUCGACCCUUAAUGCGAAAUCCUCAAAAUCAACACUAUGUCAGGAACUAUCCCGCUCUCGCCACAGUCAACAUGUAUCUGGAACAAAGUCAAUAUCGAAAACUUUGGCAUCAAGCGAUCUACACACUACCAGUAUACUCGAUCUCUCUUCGUCGGAUGACGAAGAAGGUCGCGUGGAACUUGGACAUGGGCGUUUGCCACAACUACGUGACAGUAUAGCACUCGAAUCGUUGAUGGAAUCGGACAUCGUCGUUGAAACUGCAAAAGCAAUUGAGACAAACCAGAACGCAUCUAUACAAGCCACGCCCAGCUUAAGGCGGCUUGCUCGCAAUGCCUCAAAACGCAAUGCGAGAACUUCGACCAAAGCUUCCAGCCGACCGCUCAACAUACGACAGUCAUAUUCCAAUACUGGUUCUUUUCAGCGCCCGGUGGAGGAACAAGAUUUGCUUACUUCCUUCCCAGCCACUCCUACCGACUCGCGACGAACAUCUUUCCAAGGGUCAUGUCUGUCUGACAAUGCAAGCAUAGAAAGUCGAAGGAUGGUCAGCGUAACCAAACAGGAAGAGUCCCUACUUGCCGCGAUCAGACUACGGUCGACUAUCUCACAACACGCCAAAAGAAGCACGGAUCCGCGACUUCGGCUACUCCGAGAUCUCGAGAAGAUAUCUCGACACCAACAGGUACCAGCCGGCUUGAUCAGCCAUGAAAUAUCCCGAAUCAAUGCAUCUGGCCAAGAAGCCCUCAACCACUCUGAUGGGAACUCUGACCAGGCGUCUUGUACCACUUUUCAAACAGGCAGGUCGGCUGACCCUAGCAUCAGAUUUUCCAUGGCGAGCUUUCAAACGGAAACAUCCUUGGGACAUGAUAGCGAGAUGUCCUUCCUCCCCUCGCCGAAUUUCGCCCCCGUUGUGAACGGCGCGAAGCAUCCCAAUCGUGCCUCUUUCUUCUCCACAUCGACCAAUGACUCGCAAGAUACAGCAAGUUUUCGGCGAGAGCACAAUCACAAAGCCGCCCUCAAGAAACUGUCGUCUAUUCCAUCGCGAGACGAUAUACCCUCACAAGAAUUCAUCGACUGGCCUUAUCACGGCUGGGAAGCUAGGUCGUCAACCCUAGCGACGGCGCAUUAG